GAUUCCCCAGUUACCUACCUUCGGAAAGCUAUGCAGUUUCAUCCCUAAUCAUUCAGACCUAAUCUACCUCCCUCAAAAAUAGCUUCCCUCUUAAGAUCUAUUACGUUAUUGGACGUAAGCCAUUACAAAGCCUCCCUGCCCGAGCAAUAUCUAGCAGUCUAGGUAGAUAAGAGGUGGAUAUAUAUAUAGCCAGAUAGAGGAUUAUAUACCCGAGGCAGUUCGAAACUGCCAUACCUACAAGCAAGACCUACCCGAAGUCGAAUUUCAAAGCAUUAAGGACUCUAUGAAGUUUACAAGAGAUUGUGCUAGCUAUAGGGCACGCCAAAGGGAACGUAUAGCCAAAUCCCAAGCUGCCGUCGCCGCCAUGCAGAACAUCGCCUUGAGGCAAUCGCCACACAGAGCCACGAAGAGGACCGAUUCUCUAGCUAACCUGACGCCUCCAGGGCGGACUGCGCCAAGGCUUGCGUCUGUGCACGGAUCACGAUCUCCUGCUACACCUGCUUUAUUCUAUGGCCUGGCGCCCGCACUCCAGGGACUGCCUAGACCUCUGCUGUAGCUAUCUACUCCAAGCGCGGUAGAGGGAACUUCCCCUAUCCCUCCUAUACUUUGCCUGCUAAUAGUAGUUCUAGGCACGCCGAUUCCUCAAACGCCAAUUCCUCAAGGCACUCUUCCUACGGCUCCUGUUAUGCUAGGCAUGCCUAUACCACAGGAAUCACUUCCUACGGCUCCUGUUAUGCUAGGCACGCCUAUACCAUAGGAAUUGCUUUCUACCGCGCCUUUAUUACUGCUAUAGGCCUCAAGAGCGACAGUUUAAUUACAGUAUUAAUCCACCUUUUAUAGAGGACCUUGACUUGCCUGCUCUUGGUGAGGAAGAUUAGGCUCUUGUUCGGGAGUUCUAUACCGCCCUAAAUAACGACAAGAUAUAUAGU